AUGUUAUUGUUCCUCAUUCCUCUACUUUUUCUAAACACAAUCACUGCCAGACCACCGGAUGUAGUCGAUGCAUUCCAACGGGUUGACUGCGCCCCAAUUCCGGGUUCAACGAUCAACGAAUGUCCGGAUUCCUGUUUGUGGGGACCGGAGGAUGAUAAGGUAAGUUGAAACAAGGAAAUACAAAAAUUUUAUUUUUUUGGAAAAAAUUGCUUACUUUGAAAAAAAAGUUUUUGCUAACGAGGGAAUCGUAAGCUUGAAAAAUAUAAACUUUAUGCCUCAAAAAAUUUGCGUAAUUGACAUUUUUGUCAUUAUUUUUUAUUUUCCUCACAUACGAGUUGCGGUCUCGCAACGAAAACAACCCUUAUUGCCGGCCUAUAUCUAAGGAUCUCCCACUCUAAAAGUCACAAAAGUAUCCUUUUUUUUUAUCUUUUCGAUUAAAAAUAAUUUUCCAUUUUUUCAGCAACACCUAAACGUUCCGUACUGCCAUUUCCCUUCCAACACUGGUUACAGAGUCUCCAAUUAUGAAGGUGGCCCAUCUAAAGGCACUUAUCAGCUUCGUCAGAAUCAAGAGGGAGCCAAAAAUCCUUUUGGCUACGACACAGAGAAUAUUCGCUUAGAAAAAGAGGAGAUUGGCGCUGGAAUCAGGCUCAAGGUUGGGCAUCCAGACGCGUUUGAGCCGACGCUGAAUUACGAGAAGCAUCCGAGUAUCAUUUCUUCGGAUAAAUUGACGUUCAGGCCCCUGCCUGGGGACCCAUUUACGUUUGUUGUGGAAAGGAAGUCGACUGGGAGAAAAGUUUGGGACACUUCUAUUGGUACGUUUUCGAAAAAGAAUUUUUUAUUUUUGAUUAAAGAUUUGAAAUUUUUAAUUUUUGCAAGACUGAAAAUUGUCCAAAAUUGCUUUAAAAUUAUGAUCCAGUCCUUAACGGGGUCGUUGGACCCAUUUUCUGGCCAUUUCCAGGGCUGUUACAGAAUGCCAAUAUUGUUGUGGGACCUAGAAGCACUUGAAAUUUGAUUCAAAAUUUUGAUGUCUAAGAUAACGAGGAUUACCACUUUGCCCAUAAAAUACUUUUCAAGCCUUUUAAAAUAUAAAUAAACCAUGUUUAAGGCGGUCUCGUCUUCGGCGAGAAAUACAUCCAAAUCGCGACCAAGCUCCCGACCAAAACAAUCUACGGAUUCGGUGAACAUAUCCAUCAGACCAUCAACCAUGACUUCAGUAAAUACAAAACAUGGCCUCUCUUUUCCCGAGAUCAGCCUCCACAAUCGAACUACGAAAACUAUAUGAAUCUUUAUGGAGUCCACAACUUUUAUGUUGGGAUUGAACCCGACGGAAAAGCCCAUGGAGUUUUUGUCCUCAACUCGAAUGCCCAGGAAGUAACCACCGGUCCCGGCCCUCAUCUCGUCUACAGAGCCAUUGGCGGGAAGUUUGAGAUCUUCUUUUUCCCGGGCCCAACCCCCGAAGAAGUGAUCCAACAGUACCAACAAGUCAUCGGGAAACCUUACCUUCCAGCCUAUUGGGCGCUCGGAUUCCAGCUGUGUAGAUAUGGUUACCUAUCGUUGAGGGACAUGUCUGACACGCUGAAUCGAGUUUUGGCUGCUAAAAUACCAAUCGACACGAUUAUCCCGGAUAUCGAUUAUAUGGAGAGGUACAAGGACUUCACUAUUGGACAGGAUGUAAGUUGGAGGGAAGAGGAAGAAUAUGAGCUCGUUUUUUAUGCAAAAGGAAGCUUCAAAUAUUUUGUAAAAUACGGCAAAAGAACAGUUCGAUCAUAAAAAUGCCAUAGUCGUAAUUCCUGCCUCUCUGUUAAGUUUUUUUGUAAAAUACGGGGAUAGACGUUGGGCAAUAAUUUUUGAUCAUAUGUAUGAUCCUAACCAAAUUUACGACAUUAAAUUUUCGUUUCCAGCGUUGGUACAACCUCCCCAACUUUGCGAAACAACUCCGAAAACGUGGAAUGCACCUUACCGUCAUCCUGGACCCGGCCGUUCAAGUGGACAAUGCCAUCUUCGAACGGGCCAAGAUCAUGAACGCCUCUUUUAUCGCAUGGCCAAGAGGAGACUUGGUCCAGCAUAAAAUCAAUGAUAUCUAUCAGAAUACCAAGGGAACGUGGGAUAUGCUGGCGGUGGUUUGGCCGGAUAAACAUGUGGCCUUCCCGGAUUUCUACGAUGACACAAAUGCGACUGAGAGGUGGUGGAUUGAGGAGAUAAAGGUGAUUUUUUCGUCGAAAAAUUAGUCAUUCUUCUACUUUGGCGUUUUUCUUAAAGCAUUGCUUAUUUUAGGACCUCAACGAUCGCAUCAGCUUCGACGGUCUCUGGAUUGACAUGAAUGAGCCGUCUGCCUUCGGGACCAAUGAGAAGCAUCCCUGGUACUACGACAGUCCCGACCAUCCCAACAUCGAGCCUCUUAUGUGUCCCACUGAAGGUCCUGACGCCCAUAUGGACAACCCUCCGUAUCGGACUAGUGCUGCCUAUCAAUAUGGCAAGGAUUACCCACUUGCCGGAGGCACUUUAUGCAUGCUCGCGAAUGUAAACCGAGGAAAAAACAAAUUGUUUGAUUUGAAAAAUCUCUACGGACUUCAUGAGGCAAUCUCAACAUACAAUGCCCUAAGGGAAUCGACCGGAAAAAGGGGCCAAGUGAUCAGUCGGAGCACCUUCCCUGGAGCCGGCAGAUUUGCCGGGCAUUGGUUGGGCGAUAACACGGCAAGAUGGGAGGAUCUGAGGACGAGUGUGAUCGGAGCCCAGGAAUUCAACAUGUUUGGGAUCCCGUUUGUGGGCUCGGAUGUCUGUGGAUUCUUGGGAACCACCAAUGAAGAGCUGUGCUUGAGAUGGCAACAACUGGGAGCAUUCCACUCGUUUUAUAGGUGAGGAGGGGUAAAAUACGGUUGUUGAAGGUAUGACAUUCAAUGGGAUACUUGACUUUUAGUUGGGGGUAGGAAGAUGAUUUUUUGAUUCAAAUAAAAAGGCGCAUUAUUAUAUUUUUUAAGGAUUUUGCACCAAAUUUGACUUCGGAAUUCUGUUCAGAGUAAAAUAUGACGCAUUUAUCCAUAAUCAAUAUUUUUUAUUCCGUUUGUUUUACUAAAGCAAUGACUUCAUGAUUUUUGCGCUCAAUUUUGACGUGCGUUAUGCAGAAAUUAUCGAUCCCUCAAGACUUCCUUUUUUAGUUACCAGUUUUUACUUUGAAAAAUCGCAUUUCACAAACGAUAGUUCAAUAUGCGUAUUUUACCAUUUCCUUGAAGAAACCACAACGACAUCAAGAGUCCGGCCCAAGACCCAGCGAUCUGGCCAUCUGUCGCCAAAGCCGCCAGAAUUGCCAAUGAAUACCGAUACCUUUACCUGCCCUAUCUCUAUUCCCUCCAUUUCCAUGUCUCGGAACAUGGUGGAACCGUCAUCCGACCGGUCGCAUUCGAGUUCCCACAGGACCCAAAAACGCAUGGCCUCAGUUUCCAGUUCAUGUGGGGUCCGGCUGUGAUGGUAGUGCCGAAUGUGUGGCCAAACACUGACAUAAUUGGCAGUUACUUGCCGGAGAACAGUAAUUGGUACACCUUCUAUGGCUCGAAAUAUGGAACACCCAUCAAAGGGACGAAUAAUAUUGAUGCGGGGAAGGAAACACCGGCUCCGGCAUUCUUGAGAGAGGGAUAUUUGCUGCCAAGACAAGUGCCGGGGAUGAAUACAGAAGAGAGCCGGAAGAAUAAUCUGCAGCUGGUCGCUGGAUUGAAGGGGUUGAGGUGAGCGGAGGGAGAUUAGGAGAGCUCCAGGCAGUGGUAAAUUUCCUAUAAAAUCUUCGGAAAAUUCAAUGCAAACCGAAAAAUUUUGUGUGCAUUUGCUUUACAUACAUUUGGAGACCUGAUCCAGUGGCAAAAAACGUACCAUUUUGCAUCCAAGAAGCAUCAAAAAAUGUGGCAAAAACCUCCCUCUUCAGGUGAAAAAACUCCGAUUUCAAAAACACGCCCACUCUUUUUGUGGGAGCCCUUCAAAACGAAAUUUUUUCAGGGAAGCAUUUUGCCCCAUUUUUGAUGCCUCCCGGAUGCAGAAUGGUACGUUUUUUGCCACUGGAUCGGGUCCUUCACUGUAUGUAGUUUCACACGUCGUGAAAGAACAUUUCAAAGCUCGGUUUAACUGACAUUGAAGUGCCCCAAGUGCGACGCUCACAAUCAGAUUUUGAAGUAACUUGGCUCAAAUUUAAACGCUCAAAGAAAAGGCAAAAAAACGCUUUUUUUCUCCGACCCCUCUCCAAAUUUCGCCUUCUCUCUCGACGGCAAAGAUCGUUCAACACCUCGGCUGUACCUGUAAAGCGCGAGCUAAAACUUCAGGAAUUGAUAUAUGGCCUAUGCUUGACGUAUGUGCAAAAUUUAAAGAAAAUCUGAGUGUCACAUUUGGGGUACUUCCUUUGUGAGCUGGUUCUGCAUAACUGUCACUAAAAAGCAGCUCAUGAGAUCAGCAAAGAGCUCCACUUGUUAUCAAGAAAGAAGUAUGAGGAGAUACGAAGAGAAAUCUUGAUUAGAAGGGAGCGCCAAAAAAUCAAUCACAUGGACACUUGGUCCGAGUGAAAUAAAGUGCAAACUGCUCUUGCUCGAUCAGAUAGAUACUCCUUCUUGGCAAGGCUGUCGUAUCUGUAAACAGGUUUUCAAAUAACAAGCCAAUCUUCAUCAAGCUCAGAGCUCAAGUUCAAUUUUUUCAAUCUUCUUUUUUCAGUGAUGACGUUCACUUUGCUCGAGGAGAAUUGUAUUGGGACGAGGGCGACAACGACGCCUAUAUCCACUCAAACACCGCUGCAGGAAGUCGUCUCUACUCUCAUUACCAUUUCAAGUUCAAUCUCACUGUAACUUCUACUACUUCUACGCUAUUUAUCACAAGGGCUCAUAAGCCAAUCCAUGGGGAUAUUAAUAUUCCAAAUAUUGAGGAGAUCGAAAUCUUAGGCCAGCCGUUUGGCGCCAAUUUGAAUACCUUUACUGUGAAUGGCCAGAAAGUUACAGUAUCCAAACAAGAGAGCCGAUACUCGCCGUUUACAAAAAUUUUGAAGAUCAGAAGGCCUGGAAUUGGACUAAUCAAUUUGAAUUCGAAUAACGGAGAGGACAAGAACAUCUGGAAAAUCACUUGGGAGAAGCAAUAA